AUGCCGCAGCCAUCAUUUCGAGACUCCGCAAAUCGCGGCCGACGAGUACGCAGCGUGCCCAACUUUGACUCGGACCAGCCGGCCUUGAGAAUCGGGCUCGACCAGCAGCUCACAGAGCCGCCAUACCUCGAACGACCAGUGCUAUUUCGACUUCAACAAAGACACCGGAGAGCUACUUCUACACAACAUAUCAGAGAAAAUGACACGGAACUCUGCGAUAUCAUUACCGUGACUGGUAAAAACGGCACAAAAAAGGAGACGGCAGGGGCUCCGCAGAUAUGGAAGACCCCUAGGCAGUGCGUCGUGGCACUGAGCCCUGACCCGUAUCGCAACCCAGGCGGUCCUGCUGUUGAACGUCAGUGGUUCUUCAAAGUGCGCGACGCCGAGUUUCGCUUGAUACCGCGAAGAACGCAGAGCCCAGAUGAAGCGAAAUCCAUCACCGAUGAGAGGCGUGCAUUUGCGGCCCUACCCGACCCAAAUCUGACACUCGAAGGAACCAUGCAGCGAAUCUUCACCCUAGGCUUGCAGGCUCUCCAAUUUGAAGGAUUGACAACCACCUACAAGUCCGCAUCAACCAUCACUAUCAACCCCCACAAUACGCGGUUCAGGACCCCACUCGAGCCUGCCGAGGAAGAUCAGAUCCGAUUUACGAGGGUGAAACCGCUUGGGAGAGGGGGGCAAGGUGAAGUGCACAAGGUUGUUGAUACGUAUACCGGUGUAUAUCAUGCUUGCAAAGUCGUUGCCGUGAAGGCAGAGGUGUUGGACGCGCUAGACUUUGUGCACACUCGCGAUCCGCCAAUUAUCCAUCGAGACAUCAAGCCUUCGAAUAUCCUCUAUCUCGGCGACCAGUUCUUGACCGAUUUUGGGAUCGCCAAGGUCGUCGAUACGUCACACACAGUCAUCGGAACUACAUGGUACAUGGCGCCUGAAGUUCUGGAGAACAGGGAGCAGACGCCGAAGGUUGACAUAUGGGGACUAGGCCUGACCGUCGUGGAGUGUUUGGUGGGAUUCCCACCUGAAGAACGCAGGCGAGAAUUGCGAAGGCGGGCGCAGUGGUAUGAGCACCUCCAGGGGUGUCUAAACCAGCACCAACAUGCACGUCCCUUCGCGUCCAUGCUCGCCGUUGACACCGAACGACGCCCAACGGCCGCGAUCUUCUCAGCCUACAAAGCCCACCGACUAAUGCCACCUUGA